AUACGGAGGCCAGCUUGCCUUGGUCAGCCCAGGGAUCUGGCUUCCCAGUCAACAUGAAGACUCUCCUUAUUCUGGAGCUUCUCCUCCUUUCCAUCACUGUCCAGGGCAAGGUCUUUGAAAGAUGUGAGCUGGCCAGAACUCUGAAAAGAUUUGGGAUGGAUGGCUAUAAAGGUGUCAGCCUGGCAAACUGGAUGUGUGUGGCCAAAUGGGAAAGUGAUUAUAAUACAAGGGCUACGAACUACAAUCCUGAUAGCCAAAGCACUGAUUAUGGGAUAUUCCAGAUCAAUAGCCUUUACUGGUGUGAUGAUGGCAAAACCCCCCACGCAGAAAAUGCCUGUCACAUAUCCUGCAGCGUGUUGUUGCAAGAUGACAUCACUCAAGCUGUAAAAUGUGCAAAGAGGGUUGUCAGUGAUCCAAAAGGAAUUGAAGCAUGGGUGGCGUGGAACACACACUGUAGAAACAAAGAUGUCUCUCAGUAUACUCGGAACUGUGGAGUGUGACUGUACGGUUUUCCUUCUUCAGCUCAGUCUAUGUCUUUUUCGUAUUAAGGGAGUAGUGAUUGAGUGAAAGUUCACACUACCAUUCUUUCAAACAAUAACGGUUUUAUAGAUGCAGGAGCAAAAUAUUGUCUUUCUUCUAAAAGCCUUCAUGUUUACGAAUGUGUUUAUUAUUUGAGAGUCAUCCUGUAACAUUUUUCAGCUUGCAAAAGAAAGCUUACCUAAAAUCUUGCCUAUGAAAUACAUCUCCAGUAUAUUCAAUUCUUAGUCAGAGAAAUAACCCAGACUUCAUCUUCAGCACUCCCCAGUAGUUUAUAAAAAUGUAACAGAAGACACUGUUGGAAAUAUAAAGUAAAAAUGCUAAAUGGCUAAUAAUGAAAACAGCCUGAAUGAAGGAUUUUGCUUUUCUAAAGUGUGACCUUGGCUUUAAAUGUUUUCUCAGAAAUGUUGCUUUCACACUUCUUUAAAAAUAAAUUGACAGUUUCUGUAUCAAUCUAUUUUAGCCCUUUGAAGAAUUCUUCUUCUAUGCAUUUUUCUGAUUAUGAAGGAAUAUGAAGGAUUAGAUGAGCUGUUGCUAUUCUUUAAUUUUAUUAACUUAGAUUCAUGCAGAAUGAAUAAAUCUUGAAAUAAUUGUUGCUUAACUACAAAUGUGAAAUUAUGCAUGCUGUAAAAAAAAUACAAACAUUAUCAUUGCAACUCA